CCAACGCCCCUCAUACCAAGAAGCAUUUUUCAAGGACUUUCUGCAACUCUUAUCUCGCGAUACAACUCCCUUCUUACACGAUAUAAACUCACAAGAUGUUUGCUCGUCAAGUCGCCAGCCGUGUCAUCGCUCAGCGUGCUCCCAUGUUUGCACGCCGCAGCAUCCACGUUGCACGUGACGUCAAGCCUUAUGGCGUUUUGUCCCAGCUCCCUCCCAACGGUCUCUAUAUGCUUUUCGGCACCGCUGCGGUCUCUGCGGUCGGGAUCGGAGCAGGUGUGAGGGCGUGGUUGAUGACUCCGGAGGAACUCAGCAAGGCUAGGCACGGCUCCUCCGUCUUCCGGUACUGAACGUACCUCGCAUACCCGUCCACCCGUCGCCUCCAUUCGACUGGGUGGACUCCAUACCCUAUAUGAGCCAUCAAGUACCUCAGUAGCACUCUGCGUCCUUUGGGAGUGUUAAUAUUCGUGGUCCCUCACCGUUGGGAGAAAAAGGGAGGCCGACUAGAGUUCGGGGGUAUAUUACCAUAUUUGGUAUUUCUUAACUUCUGUAUGGAUAGAACUCUUGGAAUAUACAAGACGUAGGAACUCUCAAA